AUGACGAUAUCGUAUGAAAUAGUACUAUGCUGGUUUAAGCGACAUAGGGCCGCUCUUUUGAUCGUUCAGGCCCCUGAUUGGUUUUAUAGUGCUCUGAACAUGUUGAGAUGAUCAGAGUUCAAAGCUGCUUUCAUUUAAAUAGAGGCUUCUUCACUGGCUCGUUGCCGCUGAAGCGAUUGUUCUUCCUUAUUUUACUGGUCCCGGUGCCCCCGCUAUUCUUUUUAAUAAGACACAUUGAGCACGCGGCGCAGCAGUCUGAGGGUCCAUCAAGCGGGCCAGGAUGCGUUGGCUGGAAGGGGACCCUGGCGUGCCUGCCAUUCGGACCUCUAGAUCAGAAAUCAAGCCGGACUUGCACCGACGAAGUGCGUGGGGGCUCUGGCUACUGCCUGUGCGAAGGCAACGUCACCACUGCGAGGGUGUCAUGCGGCUACCACCGCAUCCGCUGCAAGGACGCGUGUGCUGCGCUCGGACGCGACGGAUCCGCAGGCCUGCCGCUGCCCCAGCCGCUCACGUGCGGUAACCCAGAUGCCGGUGGCAGUGGCAGCGCCGCCCUGCUGCUUUCGCAGCAGCUCUGGAACGGGGAGUGGCAGCCUGGGCGGCUCAACAUGACGCAAGCCGACGCGGCCUCGCGCAGCGUGUGGGCCAUGUUCAGUAGCUUGGUAGCGCGACAUGCCCCGGCACCCGAUGUGCGGGUACCUGAGCCGCGCAGUAGCAGAGUUGACUGGGUGCUGGAGGGCCGCGCCAUGGACAGGGGCGGUGUGGAGGCGCUGGCAAACACCUUCGCCGGCCUGCUCGCCGACCUGCCGCCGUACCCAGACGGCGGCAGUGUAGGCGGCGGCGCAGGCAGCAGUAGCAGCGGUGGCGGCGGCGGCGGUGGUGGUGGUAGUGGUGGCGCUGGUGGUGGAGGUGGCGCCGUGUUCUCGGGACGUGGCGUGGUGAUGGUGGGCGGCUCGCUGCGGUACCUGGUGCCGGCCUGGGUCAGCCUGCACGUGCUGCGGAGAUCAGGCUGCCGCCUACCGGUGGAGGUCUGGUUCCCCGCCGCCGAGUACCCCACGCCCGAGCUGGAGGCGGCGCUGGCCGCACUGGGCGCCACCGCCCGCCGCCUGGAGCUGCAGGUCGACCCCAUGGGCGCCGUCAGGGGCGACGGCGCCGGUAGCAGCAGCAGCAGUAGCGGCAGCGGUAGCGGCAGCGGUGACAGUGGCAGUAGCGGCGGCGGCGGCGCUACAGCCGCCGCGGUGGCCGCCGCCAACGCUGCGGUGCCGGGCGCACCCGCCAGCCCGGGCUACGGCUACAAGGUGGCGGCGCUGCUGAUGAGCAGCUUCAGGGAGGUGCUGUUCCUGGACUCGGACAACGCGGUGCUGCGUGACCCCACCUACCUGUUCGACAGCCCCGCCUACCGCGACACGGGCGCACUGCUGUGGCCGGACUGGUGGAGCAGCACCGCGGCAAAGGAGGCCCCGCGCAUCUUGAACGUGUCCGCCAGCCGUAUGCCGCACAACACCUUUGAGAGCGGGCAGAUGGUGUUGGACAAGGCCAGGCACUGGCGGGGCCUGCUGAUCGCUGCCUACAUGAACAUGCACGGCCGCCUGUUCUGGGAGCUGCUGCACUGCUACGUGGGCAAGGGCGACAAGGAGACGUUUGCGUACGGUAUGCUGGCAGCGGGCGAGCCGUACUGGGUGUCGCCUGUGCCGGCCGGCAGCGUGGGCUUGGAGCAGGAGGUGUGCCUCAAGGAGGGCCGUGGGCCGCCGCGCUGCCGCCGGCAGUUCCUAGGCAACACCAUGCUGCAACAUGACCCUGACGGCGAGCCGCUGUUCCUGCACGCCAACUACUACAAGUGGAAGCUGGAGCUGCCGCAGCACUUCGAGGCCGACUGGCACCGCCGCUGGCAGGUGGUGCAGCCGGGUCGCCGCGCCGUGGCGGAGGUGCUGUACGGCAACACCACAGCCGGCGCGGGGUAUGACCUGGAGCGCUUCAUAUACGACGCCAUGUCGGCGCUACGCUGCGCACCCUGGCUGCCGCGCUACCUGGCUGCGCGGCAGGCCCUGGGCGAGGUGGAAAGUGUGGACUUGGAGGGUUUCCACCCACUGCCCUUCUACACCAACAUCCGAGACUUCUACUGGCGCGGCUGGCGAGGCACGAUUGCGCCGCUGGCUUGGCCGCCGCUGGGUUGGCGCGACUAUCUGACGGGCUGGUACUUCAGCGGGCCGCGCUGGUGGAUUCGUGGCGUGUGGCGGCGCGGCUGCGUGUUGCGGCGGCACUGGCUGCCGCUGCGGCCCAGGUGGCUGCAGUGCAAGGAGCUGCUGCGGGAGGAGGCGGCGCUGAGGUGGCACGACGCGCGGCGGCGCUGGUCCACGCAGCAUCGCGGGGGCGGGGGUUGAGGGGGCAGCAGCGCCGGGGCCGUGUUUGAGGAGGGGGCAGAGCGGGGGCCGUGUUUGAGGAGAGGUGCAGAGCGGAUAGCAAGCGAUCACCACCGCGGCGGAUUGGAACACAGAGGAUUGGGUGAGGGCGUGCGUGUGUGUGGUGGGAGGGGCGUGAGCUAAGCGUGACUUUCGACGUAUGGAAGGAUGGCCCCGGCCGGGCCGACCAUGCAUGUGACUUGCGGCAUGCAUGGUGGCGUUAUGAGGGGACGUUGUAUGCAGGAUGCAGCCAGAGUGUUUCACAACUCUGCCGCACGUAUGCAGCACUGCAGGCACGCGUGUGACUUGAGCUGUAGCCAGCACGACUGUAUACUUUCUCAU